AUGGCGCGCACGAAAUACACCACACGGAGCGCCACCGCUACCAAGGCGCGGGGCCAGAAGCUCGAGGAAGUAGCUGUCGACAACGCAAAGGUCGCCAUUGCAGAGGAGAAUGUCGCCGCGGACGAGGACGAGUCAUGGCUCCUCCUUCCCGAGCCUGUUUCCGCAACCAUCGCUAAGCCGGCCGACAAAGUCACCCCGAACGCCAUUACUCCAGGAAAGACUGCCGUUAAGGCCAAGAAAAUCAUCCUCCAUCUUCCGCCUGCUCGCGUCCUUCACCACUUGCAAAUCCUCCCCGUCGAUGUGAUCAUCAGCGACAUGACUGAUGCCAAUGGAGGAAUACCGCCCUCCUCAGCGGAGAUCCUCGCCGAAGCGGUCAAGUGGUUCAAGCACGCCUAUAGGACUGGCACCAGCCCCGCUGUAGUCAGAAGCGCCGCACAAACGAUCUUGGAGCGAUUGGAUACCGUCAUCAAGGGAAAUCCAGCAUAUAUGCACAACAUCCCGCGCGGAAUGGCCUAUGAGCGCCUGGAACUGCAGAGGAAGUUCCUCCGCGCUAUUAUCCAAAUCCAUUGUGGUAUGUUGGGCUCCCUAGAGGUCUUCGAUAUGAUCGUCGCUCGCGAUUAGGCUCCGUACCCAUACACUAUCGUUCACCUUGUCACCGACCGAGACGUGCCCCGCAGAUCGCAUCAGUUUGAGUUACGAAGAUUUCGUACUAGGAGAGUGGCAACCGUUGCCAUUGACGACGAGAUUUUGCGAACAUAUUCGAUAUUGAGGGUGCCAUCGACGGGAGUUAUGUGUCAGUGGACGGAGGGGAUAUCUAUCCUGGGUUUGCGUUUGGGGAGAUGGAAGGCAUACUAUGGAAUGGAUUGGUUUAAUUGGGAUGUGAUGGAAGUCCAAUGGAUUGCGGUGGGAGUAGCAUCAAAUCCUUCUGCUUCGUUCUCCGGCGUUAGGG